AUGGUCGAACAAAAAUUUGUGCUAGGAGCAGCUACACUGCACUUUAACUUCGAAAUUGGAGAGUCCGCUGUCGAAUCGCAUCGUUCUCUCUGUGCUGGUUUCGGAGUUUUUCUGUCUCAGGCAGUGUCAAACAUGGUUUCAACGAUUCCGAGAGGGAGACGACACUUUGGAGGAUUACGAGUACGCCCAGCGCCCCCGAGCAGCCAGAAAUCGAAGGACGGAGCCAAGCUGAGGUACGUUGUUCAGGCCGAUCCAUGCCAAUCUUCCAAUCUUUUCGAGAUUUUGCGAAAAUAUUCCAUUGUGUUUCAUGUCACCAUCGAACGCCAUCUUCUACUGGAUAUUACGCUGUUGGACAUGACUUCGGUGAAACUUGCAUAA